AUGAUUACCGAAAGCGAAAAAAUAUCCUUACCCAAAAUUGAUUGGGCACUUGAUGCCUUGGAACCAUAUAUUUCUAAAGAAAUAAACGAUUUACACAUCAACAAACACCAUGUUGCUUAUGUAAACGGGUACAAUGCGGCCAUUGACGCAUUAGAAAAAGCUGUUGGCAAAAAGGAUGUCAAGUCGGUAGUUGAAAUUCAGCAAAAUAUCAAGUUUCAUGGUGGCGGACACACCAACCACAGUUUGUUUUGGAAGAAUUUGGCCCCUGUAUCUAAAGGCGGAGGAAAACAUCCAGAUACCAAUUCCCCCUUGGGUAAACAAAUCGCUGCUCAGUAUGGAUCCGUGACAAACCUUAUUGAUAUUACCAAUUCCAAAUUGGCUAGCAUCCAAGGUUCGGGCUGGGCGUUUAUUGUCAAAAACAAGCAAAACGGAGGAGCUUUGGAUGUGGUCACUACUGCAAAUCAGGAUACAAUCACUGCUCCACAUUUAAUCCCAAUUAUUGCUAUCGAUGCUUGGGAACACGCCUACUACUUACAGUAUCAAAAUGUUAAGCUUGAUUAUUUCAAAGCAAUUUGGAAUGUGGUCAACUGGGCUGAAGCUGAGUCGAGAUAUUCUGCGUAA